AUGCCGGCUCAUUCACCACCAUCGCCCACCCUCAAGCCGACGAAGCGCCCGCGCCAAGGCUCCUACGAUGUCGACGUCUCCCCGCCCCCCUCCGCUGGCAUCGACCAGAGCCCCUCCGCAGUCGAACAGAACGAUCCGAUGGCCAAUGCCGGUGCGGCUCUGACUUCAGCUGAGAAGAAUGGAGGAGGCGGAGGAGGGAAAGCAGGCCAGAGCAGCAACUUCCGCAACGUGAGCGCCUGUAACCGCUGUCGUCUACGGAAGAACAGAUGCGACCAGAAGCUGCCCAGUUGUGCGAGCUGCGCAAAGGCUGGCGUCGCGUGCGUGGGCUAUGACCCCAUCACGAAGAAGGAAAUUCCCAGAAGCUACGUAUUCUACCUAGAAACCCGCGUCGAGCAGCUAGAGGCGCUGCUCGCCAACCAAAACAUACCCUUUCCACCAGCCGAAAACCUGGAGCUCUGCUCACGUCCCGGUGCCGAGAUCGCGAGAUCGACGACUGAGGUUGCCCCUCCGGCGCGUUCCGAGAGCAAUGAUGGGCCUGGACCAGCAAAGAACAGCAUACACCGCUCCGACUUGGAGAAGGCCAAAAAGGCAGGGACCGGGGGUACGGGAAUGCUUGAUAUUGUCAGCCCUUCGAAACCACGAUCACUGGCCUCGGCUUCAGGGGUCUCCUUCAACCGCGUGGUAUUUGCCGCUGUGCAAUACUCUGUGUCGGACCACAACGGAACGCAGGAUCGAAUUGGUGGCAAGGGCUUACCGAUCGGCAGCGGGACAUCUAUGCGCGACUCCUUCUUCGGUUUGCACACGAAACCCACCAUCCGGCCAGCAAACUUCCCUGACAAAGACGUGGGGAUGAGGCUUGUGACCCUCUACUUUGAGCACGCCAAUCCUCAGAUCCCAAUUCUGCACCGAGGGGAGUUUAUGCAAAUGUUCGACCAGGCAUACGCUGAUCCGAGUGGGCCAAAGGGAGCUCGGGAGCUGUACAUGCUGAACAUGGUCUUUGCAAUCGGAUGUGGUGUAAUUGUGGGCGAGCCUGUGAAAUCCGAGGGCUCGGGUGCCGGACCGCGCAAUCCAGCGGAUGCGAACAAAUUUGGCCAGGCACAGCCAGAGGAGUACCAUGCGAGCGCCAUCGUGCAUCUCGAGGCUUGUCUUGGCAACAGCGGCGGUGGGUUGGAGGUGUUGCAAGCUGUGCUGCUGUUGGCUAACUUUGCGCUCCUCCGACCCGUCCCCCCCGGUCUAUGGUACAUUAUUGGCGUUGCUGUGCGCUUGGCUGUGGAUCUGGGCCUGCACUACGAAGAUGGAAGCGAUGUAGAGCCGGCAAUGCGAGAUCUAGUCAAGGAUGAGAACGGCGAAGUCAACGAAGCGAGGAACGCCCAGUCACGCGAGAGGGGCCGACGACUGUACAUCCGCGACAUGAGGCGGAGGCUUUGGUGGUGCACCUACUCCUUGGAUCGACUGGUGAGCACUUGCGUCGGACGACCGUUCGGCAUCAGCGAUCAGGUCAUCACGACUGAGUUCCCUUCGCUCUUGGAUGAUCAAUACAUCGCAUCGACUGGAUUCUUGGAGAUGCCCGCCGACUCAUCCGAGCCGAGCUACAAGCACGUAGCUUACCACUACUUCAAGCUGCGAUUGUUGCAAUCUGAGAUCCUUCAAGUCCUGCAAUAUAACCAGACACAGGUCGUGCGAGCCUCGGGCCAGAAUUUGACCAACUCGGACAUGCAUACCCAUCUACCGUCACCGUUUCUCGUCAAGUUCGACUCCUUCCGCUCGUGGCGCAUCGAUAUCGACCGUAGGCUGUACCAGUGGAAGAACUCAGCGCCGACGCGGGAGGAGACAGGCGUGGCGUUUUCGACCGAGUUCCUGGAGCUCAACUACUGGCAGGCCAUCAUCAUGCUCUACCGCCAGAGCCUAAGCGUGCCUGCCAUGUUCGAGGGCGAGUAUAACACCUCCACCGAGGUGAAUAGUCCGACAGCGUUCCAGGCGGAGCUACGGGAGGACGAGGACAGGAUCUAUCUUAAGGUCGCCGAGGCCGGGCAAAAGAUUCUGCGUAUCUACCGCCAGCUGCACUUGAGCGGGCUGGUCAGCUAUACGUACCUGUCAACUCAUCAUCUUUUCAUGGCUGGCAUAUCCUACCUCUACGCCAUCUGGCACUCGCCUAUUGUCAGAAGUCGAUUGACAAUGGACGAAGUGGACUUCACUAUCCUGGCCGCCAAGUCUGUCUUCACUGACCUGAUCGACAAGUGCCCACCGGCUGAGACGUGUCGCGACGCCUUUGAUCGCACUGCAAAGGCUACCAUCAAGAUGGCCAACUCGACUGGCGGCUUCAACUCGGUGCCCCCGCGCAAGAUGCGCGAGAGACAAUUCGAGUGGAGUUCCGCCUCGGGCGACGGGGCAUCGACAUCGACUGCGAGCGUCGCACCCCGCCGACGCCACCAGCAGCACCAGUCGUCGGGGCAGGGCAACUUUCAGAUGGAUAUGACGCUGUCCGAUACCCUCUCGUCGCCAAGCCUCUCUGUCGCCGGCGAUCUCCCACCACGCCAUUCCCCGCGCGCAACGGACUUCAAUAUGAUGGCCCCCAGCCAGGGCAGCCCUUCGGAAAUUGACCCUUCUUUCGUGGCCUCGCCGCCAAUGCCUCGUCGUGUGGCGACUCAGCGAACCAGUAGCGGCGGAUCCUUUUUGAAUCAACAGCAGCAGCAGCAAGGGUCGUCAUCGUAUGGCGUGGCCGACUACCCAGACAUCCAGACCAUGGAUUUCUUCCAGAGCUUGCAGGGUGGUAACCCCAAUGGCGAGCUCGGUGGGUCCGGGGACGUGACGACGCCGCAACUUGACCUGGGAUUCGGCAUCAACUGGGACAACAUGCACCACGACUUCAGUGAAGGGCAGCAGAUGAACAUCUUCGACGGCUUCUUCUUUGGAGGACAGCAGCAGUCACAGGCGCAGCAACAGCAACAGCAACAACAGUCCCCGGAUCAGCAGCAGGGUCCGAACGGCAACGCCAACGAGCGAAACGGGAUGUGA